ACGAGUACAGCUGAAUUGCGACAUGGUCAUCUCAAUGUGCUCUAAAACGACCUCAUCCUCAACAACGAACAUGGACUGGGACAUUAACGACAGCAACAUCCCAAAGGUGACUCGCUAUGAUCAUUUCAAUGACUGGGUAGACGGCCACGUGCGCCUAGUCUACCGGCCGGACUGCGAGGAGGCGCGUCGUCACGGCUCCGGCUGGGCGAUGAGAAAUACCAACAAUCACAAUGUCCAAAUCCUCAAGAAAUCGUGUCUGGGCGUUCUGCUCUGCUCCAACAGGUGUAUUUUGGACACUGGAGAGCAAGUCCACCUGCGGCCGGCCAUCUGCGAUAAAGCCAGAAAGAAGCAACAAGGUAAACCGUGUCCCAAUCGGCGAUGCAACGGCCGGCUGGAGAUCAUCGCUUGUCGCGGCCAUUGCGGUUACCCUGUGACGCACUUUUGGAGACACACAGAACACGCCGUCUUUUUCCAGUCCAAGGGCGUUCACGAUCACCCGAGACCCGAGGCCAAAUCGACGGCCGAACAGCGGCGAUUGCGCGGAGCUGCCGCCUCCCUGGGUGCUGGCCUCCACCACGCGACAUCGGCCGGCGGAUCGAGCCACCGACGGCCUAGGGGUUUAGCCCUCCUUCUAUCCCGUUCUCAGCAAAAAGUCAACAAGAUUGUGGCCGGUCAUUCUUCGAAGCGUGAUAAAAAUAAGGGCGCGGCCAUGGCCGUUGUUAAAGACGAGUUCCCUGUUCAAGUCAGCCCUGCAUUCCCGAUGAUGAUGACACCUGUUGAGCCGGCGCCGAUGGCCGUGGCCACCGACUACAAUCACCAAGUCCAUAUGGACGAAGGGUACCCACCGAUAGCCGCCUAUCCAACGGAAGUGCACGAUGCUUCUCUGUACUACCACAAUCACCACGCGCAUCAUCACCAGCAGCAGCAACACGUGAUGUCGGACGCAUCGUCCAUGAUGGACAACAGUUCCUACAAUUUAACUUGUGACUACAACAACACGGCUGGAUAUUGCCAGACGGACGUCCACCAAGCCAACAAUUCUUAUCCUUAUCAACAUUACGCUCCAGCAUCGGCUCCUUCGGUCGCUGGAGCACCUCCCUGCGACGCGCAAUCUUCUUCUGGUUAUUACGGUUCGCCAUCCGAUCAUCACCAUCAACAGCAUCAUUACACGACGCAUCAGCAUCAGCCGAUGACGGACAACAGCAGCUCAGUUUCACCGUUGAUCACGACGCCUUACGAUUGCUAUUCAAGUAGUCACGAUCAUUUAGAGUUGAAGUACCAAGCGGCUUUCGUCGAUGCCUUAGAGAGUCACACCAACACGUCGAUGGAGACUCCGCUCACCGAAGUGUCCGCCACUAGCCACAAUUCGUCGAGUACGACCGCCAACGAUAUGGCCGUCAGCGUAGAUCCGCUGCAGAUCAAUGCCAAUCUCGUCCAGCAGCUGCCCACGCCGGAAUUCCAAUACGAGUACGAGACCAACUAUGGCAACAAUGAAUGGACCAUGACCACCAGCGGCCAUUACGCUGCUAACCACAGCUACCCAACGACGGCCGUUGAGGCCUAUCCAACGGAUAACAGUUUAACGGGCUGCACGUCCGAUUCGGAUAUAUCCGUUUUGCCCAAUUACUGUUUCGCCGCUUGCGUGUUCACGACGCCACCAGCGUCCUCGGAGCCGGCCGGCAGCGGCAGCGCUAAAGUUGAGAUCGGUACUUAUUCGCCAGCGACGCGUCACUUUGAGUCUUACGAUAGCGGCCAUUAUCAAACGUUAAACGAAGAGCCUCUUCAUCCAGCCUUAUGAGUCGCCUUCUUCAUUUGUUUUUUUUUUUUUUGUUUUGUUUUUUUGUGUGUGUUUUCUCUGUGUGUCUCGUUGUACAUGUGUAUGUCUAUUUUGAAAAAUGAGAAGAAGCAUCCGAAACUACUGUCGUGCCUUUUCUGACACGCUCCACACGUUUGUUUUUACGUGUCGAUCUCGCGACUCGUUGAUAUUUUUGGAUGGCGAGUAUUUAAACGUUUUCAUUUCGAAAGGUCUGUCUGUUCGAAUUUUUCAUACUGGGAAUAGCCGAAAUGUUUUUAUGCUGCACAAUGAGGGUUUUUCUUAUCAAAUGUCACACGCUUAUUCAAUUGAAUGAAUAAGAAACGUUAUGUCCGUCUUUUUGUUUCAAUUGCUUCGUUUGUUUUAACGAUGCGUCCAGUGAACUGUUGCCAUUUGCAGCGCCUUCGAGCGCGUUUGAAGCAAACAAUGAGAGAAAAAAAAAAAAAAAAAAACAAGUAUACACACCUGUCUUUUACAAAGGGAAAAAGAAGAAAAUCUAUUAGUUGAAUCACAAUAGCCUUAUUGUGAAACUGAUGGCCACAAGUGCCCUGAUCUCCCUGUAUACUGCGAUCUAUCUGUCAAUCUAAAAUUCAUCCUUUUUUUUUUUUUUUUAUCCACACUUUUUGUUUUCAAAGGAGCUCUCCUUUUGUCUCAAGUGUAGUGUCCUUUCGUUUGUCUGUAUUUUUUUUUUUUUCCUGAUUUAGUGUAUCAAUGGAAAAGAGGAACACGUAACAAACGAAAAAAGUGGAAUCCACAUUGACGCACCCAUGGCUCAAAAUAUACA